CAGGCGGUGGCAGUAGCAAAGAGCUCCGAGUCCGACCGUCCCACAAGCUGGCACCGCGGGGUGGGCGUUCCGUACUAAAGACGGCGCGCAGACUAAGGCCACGCUCCAGUUGCGAGAGCGCCUCCGAGCGUGCGGGGCCGAAGUAGUCAAAAGCGGAAGCGCGGGUUUGUCUCAAUCAGCCGCCGCGACCGUUUCGCUCGAAUUUCGCGUAAGAGCCGCCUCGAGGGGAGUGGGUCCCUCGGCCACGUGCUGCGGCCAGGGAACUCGAGCGGAGACGACCCUCGCUCUUUCGCUGGCCGCUCUUUGGACCGCCGCUGUUGGCGGCCGGCCGGGAGACGCUCCGCAUGCGCCGCUCGAGGAAGCGAGUAGGUGAAGAGAAGGGCUCCAAAUUCAAACGGCGGAGGCAGCCGCGAGGAAACCCGGAGGAGUAGCCCGAAACCGAGCAGUCGGGGAGCAGAGCGAGAAGCGGGAGAGAAGAAAGGCGGCGGCGGUUGGGAGGAGAAGAAAACCAGGGGGAAAAGGUGGGAAGCCGAGGAUCCCUGGCAUUCCCUACCGACGGAGCGGGACUCUUCUCGCUUUAUUGCUUUCCUGCUGAGGAAUCCCCGAGUCGUUUCCUCUCCCUUCCUCUGGAGCUGAGACUACCCAUUGUGCACCGCCAUGGUAGAUAGGGGUCCUUUGUUGACGUCGGCGAUUAUUUUCUACCUGUCCAUCGGAGCAGCUAUCUUCGAAGUGCUGGAGCACCCUUAUUUAAAAAACGCGGCCGAGGGUUACAAGCAGAAAAAGUCGGAGCUCCUGAAAGAGUUUCCCUGUCUGAGCCAGGAGGGGCUAGAUAAGAUCCUGAGGGUGGUCUCAGAAGCUGCUGGGCAAGGAGUUUCAAUCGAUGGUAACGACACAUUUAAUUAUUGGAACUGGCCUAAUGCUGUCAUCUUUGCUGCUACAGUUAUUACAACCAUUGGUUAUGGAAAUGUUGCUCCAAAGACUCCAGCCGGGCGACUUUUCUGUAUCUUUUAUGGACUUUUUGGUGUUCCACUCUGCUUAACAUGGAUCAGUGCUUUGGGGAAAUUUUUUGCUGGUCGUGCCAAGAGGCUGGGCCAGUUCCUAACAAAGAGAGGAGUAAGCCUGAGAAAGGCACAAAUUACUUGCACAGCUAUCUUCAUCUUUUGGGGCAUUCUAGUCCACUUGGUUCUUCCUCCUUUGGUUUUUAUGGUGACUGAAGAAUGGGAUUACAUUGAAGGCCUCUACUUCUCAUUCAUUACCAUCACCACAAUAGGAUUCGGAGACUAUGUUGCUGGUGUGAAUCCAAAUAUGGAGUACCACUCCCUCUACAGAUACUUUGUGGAGCUGUGGAUCUACCUAGGCCUUGCUUGGCUUUCAUUGUUUGUCAAUUGGAAAGUCAGCAUGUUUGUAGAGGUUCACAAAGCAAUCAAGAAACGAAGGAAGAAAAGAAAAGAGUCCUUUGAAAAUCACUCUCCCACCCAAAAAGUUCUUCAGAUGUCAAACAAGAAAGAUAUCAAAAUAUUCAGUUUCCUUUCCAAAAAGGAAGAAAGUUACAAUGAUCUCAUUAAACAGAUUGGAAAGAAGGCUUUGAAAAAAAGCAAUGACAAAAUUCUCAACUCGGAGCAAACCAAGCCAACCUUACCGAAUACCAAUAAAGAUCUCAAAGUGAUGUACACAAGGAGCAAUGUGUUUGACUAUGACAAUGUUUCUCUUCGACUGCAAAACUAUCAUAUGAUGAAGCAUUUGACUGACAAACGUCUUGGGGACAGCCCAACAGAAGGCAAUGUGUUUGUAAAUCAGCUGGACCGGAUCAGUGAAGAAGAAGGGGAAGCAUGGGAUUCGCGGGAUUAUCGGCCUUUGAUUUUUGAAAAUGCCAACAUAACAUUUGUAAAUGAGGGUGAUGAUGAAGAGGAGGAUCUUUCAGAUGAUGAAGAAACUUCAAAGUCUUCAGUAGAUGACAAUCUUGCACAGGAGCCUCAAAGCCCCCAGAAACUGAUGAAAUUUUCAUCCUCUGAUGAAUCUACUUUUACCAGUAAUGAGAUGGAGAUAUCAGUGCCUUAUGAAAAGCUUAUGAAUGACUAUAACACAUCAGAUACUGCCAAUGCUGCAACGUGAGAAAGGUGGGAGGGAGUUUCUUGAAAUCAUAUGAUGCAAAAUGUUAAUAGAUAAUGAUCUAAAUCAACAACCAUAAGUGAAGAAGGGAAUAUCCUAUGAGAUAUUUUCCACCACUUCCUUCUGUUAAGCAGACUAAAAACACGUGUUGCCUGGAUCUUAUCUGUUGAGGAAUUUUACUCACCUGAAACAACCGUCCUAAAACCUUGAAGGUUCUCUAGGGAUUUGAUGGUUUUUGAAUUUAAGAGAGGAAAAGCCUAAACUGAUUGGGCUUGUCUGUUCUUCCACUUCUUUCUUUCUUUCUUUCUUUCUUCUUUCUUCCCUUCCUCCCUCCCUUCCUUCCUUCUAUAAGAUUGCAAUCAGACUGGUUUUAGUUGAUUGUAGGCCAUGUUUGCAUUGGAUUACUGCACUAACUCUUCAGUCCUGAAGAAACUGAAUGCAACUCAUGCCAAGGUUCAGAGGGGAAAAUAUUGAUGGAUUUAUCACAGUCACACCACAAAACUCUCUUCAAUUUUCCCUCAAGGGAUGCUUGAACUGGAAGAACGGAGUAUUCUGAAGGCCCGAGUUGAGAAACAUGGGUGACUUGACUAGUGUCUAAGUUAAUAUAGCUCUGUUGAAUUAUGAGCUGAAGUUCAUGAACAAAAAUACUAACUUGAAACACAGGGUCAGUCUACUGGAAGUAUGGAUCUUGUAUAGACAAGAAACUAAAUAUUUCCAAAUGCUCCUAGUGUUCAUGAAAAGCACAUAUAACGGACUGAAAUACAGUAAAAUAGAAUGGUGCAAGAAGAUACAUAGAGGACAUUUAAAAAUGAAGAAAAGCACAGUAACAAACUUCUCUUUUGCAUCAGAAGUGCCCUUUCACCAUCAUCCAUAUUCUAGAGGAAAUACUUGAAUGAACUUCAUUUAUAGGUCUAAGUGAAGUUUAAAGGAACUCUGCUUUUGAAUCAGUGUAUCUUAUUAAAUAGGUUGACUAGCUGAAGUUCCAUUUGAAGGAUUUAAUAACUACUUUCUUCUUUGUUCUGUCAGUGGCUCCAUUUCUAUAAAGUUCUCCACUCCAUCCGGUACUUUAGAGUAGGUAAUAUUGUGUUAUGAGAUGAAAUACCGCUGUAGUAUUUCAGCUGGCUUUCUAAAUAAAGUGCUAGCUUAUUUAUAAUGAACUCCCUUAACAAAAGAGAAGGAGUAUGAGAAGUAUUAUUGAAGCCACGAAAUGUAAUUGUCACAUCAAAAUUUAUCUAUCUUUUUAUAUUGCUAUAAAACUGUCACAAUGAUUGGGAUUAUUUUUAAAGUAGAAAGCUGCCUAUGAUUUGUAACUUUCUGCUGAAAAACAAUUCUCAAACGUAUUCUAGCAGUGUAAGUACUGGAGCUAUUUGUAUGAUUUACACUCCAGUGUAAAUCUUUUAUGUUAUAGUUCAGUGGCUUCAAUUUGGAAAUAGAAUGAAAAUUAUGGGUAUUGAAAACUUGAGAGGAUUACAGAAUUGAAAAUGGUAAUAAGGCCAAGUGGAAUUUUGCAGUACUAAUUGUGAAUAAGGUACAUUCAAAUCCACUCAUGUGCUGUAAUUUUAAUCUUACGUUGUGAGAGAGGAUGUAUUCUAUUAUCUUUAGAAACAUGUCUCUGACUAGGUGUACACUCCUGUUUGCAAACUCUUCUUGAAAAGACAGUUUAAAAAAUUUGCUGAAAAAAAGUCCAUUCCUGUUUUGAAUUGUACACUGUUUAUGCAGAAAUGUUUGCAGAACUUGAUUACUAAGGAACCCAAACAGUUGUAUUUUUAUACAGUUAUUCCAUUGAAGGUUCUGGGGUUACCAUUUGGAUUAUAUAAUGAUUUUUGCCAUUGCUGAAUUCUACCUCAAGAGGCUGUUCUUGUUGCUUUCUAAUACAUGGUAGCUAUUUCAGUAAAUGGUUCCUUGAAAGACAAGAUGAUUUUUUGUAUUGCUAUACAGUAAACCCUCUUUAUAAUCAGACAGUUUAAAGACCCAGAGAUCUUCUCUUAAAUUUACAUUUCCAAUCGAGCGGUUCUUAGUUAUGAGUACCACUUGUGUCAUGUGUAAGUGACAAACGUAUAUCUGGCUUUCUUGAAAGUAACCCUGUAAAGCUGAUGUAUUCUGGGAUAUAUUUCAUAAAUGAAUGGCUAAGAGGUUUGCCUCUGCACUAAAGAAGCACACAGUAGUGUGUAAAUUGAAUGUUAUUAAUGUUUUACAGCAUUUUAAAUAUAGUACAGGAACAGAAAGGUGAGAGUGGAUGAUGAGUGUAUGUUGCGGCUUUAGAUGUGUCUGUUUUGGAUUGUUUAUGUCAGGUAGACAGAUGUGAAUGAUACAAGUUUAAAACAGCUUGGAUCUAGAUAUCAGGUCCUUUCUAAAAUUCAGAAUUUGUGCUGCUGUUUAGGUUUCAUGCACAGGGUAUUAAUACCUUUCUUUAAAAGUGCCCCAUAAUUUGAGGGAUUUGUCUAGCUGUCAAAUAAGCAUCAUGUUUUUAAAUUUGAAAGCAAGAUAAAAUUGAUAGACUUUGAUUUCUUUUUGAGCUCAUUAGUGGAGAUUUAUUCCAAGUGCUUGGACCAUUGACAGGAGCCUUAAUUCCAUUUUGUGCCUUGCUACAGGUGAAAUGACAAAAUGUACUUACUCACUGUG